AACUGUGCCGUGUUAGGCCAGCCCGCUCCAGCUCCUUCCAGAGCGCCCGGCCGCUGACCGGCGCCUCGCCCCGCCCGCGCACCGCCCGCAGCAGCGCUGCAUCCUCCGCCUCCGUGAAGGGGAGGCGACCGCGCGGCGAGGCGGCGGGCGGCGCGGGCGGCGCGGCGGGCAGCCGAAAGGCCUCCAGCGGCAGCCGCUGGUUGCGCUCCACGCACUCCGUCACGUACUCCGUGGAAACGGCCCCGCCGGGCGCCGCCUCGCCCGGCUGCGCCAGGAGCACGGCUCCCGGCUCCUGCACGCGGCACAGCCGCCCACCGCCCGCCAGCACCAGGGGCGCCAGACGCAACUUGGCCAGCCCGGGCCGCACGUAGAACCGCAUCGGGCUCCCGUCGUCCCACAAGAACAGCGACCGCGAGCGCGCUACCGCCUCGCCCCCUCGUUCCGCCAUCUCCGCGCCGGGCGCGCAGGCGCGGGAGCGCCGGAAGAGCCGGCAGAAGCUGGGAAGAUGGCGGCUGCGGCGGAGCGCGCGUGCGACGCGGCGGAGACCGAGUCGCGCCUCAGCAAAAAGGGAUCCGUCGGAGCGCGCCAUGCUGAGCCCCGCCGCUGCGCGGCUCCGCGGCUGGGCCUGGAGGGCAGCGCCCGCGCUCCGAUGGCGCCAGGCGCUUCAUGACCAAGGCAGUGAGCUGAAGAGGCGUUUAAAGGCUGAGAGAAAAAUAGCUGAAAAAGAGGCAAAGCAGAAAGAGCAAAGUGAAAAGCAUUCAAGUAAGCCUGCCUCGGUUUCUGACGCUGAGAAUAACAUUGGUGCUGAUGAGGAAAACUUGGAUCCAAAUCAAUACUACAAGAUCCGUAGCCAUGCAAUCCAGCAGCUGAAGGGCACCAGUGAAGAUCCCUAUCCCCACAAGUUCCACGUAGACUUGUCUCUCUCAGAUUUUAUAGAGAAGUACAGUCACCUGCAGCCAGGAGAUCACCUGAGAGACAUUACAGUGAGAGUGGCAGGUCGAAUCCACGCAAAGCGUGCCUCUGGAGGGAAGCUGAUAUUCUAUGACCUUCGUGGCGAAGGAGUCAAGUUGCAGGUGAUGGCAAAUUCCAGGCUCUACAAAUCUGAGGAAGAGUAUUCCCGCAUUAACAGCAAGCUGCGCCGUGGGGACAUUAUUGGUGUAGAGGGGAAUCCUGGGAAAACAAUGAAAGGGGAACUGAGUAUUAUUCCUUAUGAAAUAACUCUGUUGUCUCCAUGCCUGCACAUGUUGCCUCAUCUUCACUUUGGCCUCAAAGAUAAGGAAACUAGGUAUCGUCAGAGAUACUUGGAUUUGAUUCUUAAUGAUUAUGUGAGACAGAAAUUUGUAACACGUGCAAAGAUCAUUACGUAUAUUCGGAGCUUUCUAGAUGAGUUGGGCUUCCUUGAGAUUGAAACUCCUAUGAUGAACAUAAUUCCAGGUGGGGCUGUGGCAAAACCUUUUAUCACGUACCACAAUGAACUGGAUAUGAAUUUAUAUAUGAGAAUUGCUCCGGAGCUUUACCAUAAGAUGCUGGUGGUUGGAGGCAUGGACAGAGUAUAUGAAAUUGGGCGUCAGUUCCGGAAUGAAGGAAUUGAUUUGACUCACAAUCCUGAGUUCACAACUUGUGAAUUCUACAUGGCUUAUGCAGACUACCAUGACUUGAUGGAAAUUACAGAGAAGUUGCUUUCAGGGAUGGUGAAACACAUUACUGGAAGUUACAAGAUCACUUACCAUCCAGACGGUCAAGAUGGACAGGCCUAUGAGAUAGAUUUUACCCCUCCCUUCCGGCGAAUUAGCAUGGUGUAUGAUCUGGAGAAGGUCCUAGGAGUGAAAUUUCCAUCAGCUGAGUAUUUUGAAACGGAAGAAACUCGCAGAUUCUUUGAUGACCUUUGUGUAGAGAGAAAUGUUGAGUGUCCACCUCCCAGGACAACAGCCAGGCUUCUUGACAGAUUAGUUGGUGAAUUCCUGGAAGUCACUUGUAUCAACCCUACAUUUAUCUGUGAUCACCCACAGAUCAUGAGUCCUCUAGCAAAAUGGCAUCGCUCUCAUCAGGGACUAACGGAACGCUUCGAACUCUUUGUAAUGAAGAAGGAAGUGUGCAAUGCAUACACAGAACUUAAUGAUCCUUUCCGUCAGCGGCAGCUUUUUGAGGAUCAGGCCAAGGCAAAAGCUGCAGGUGAUGAUGAAGCCAUGUUUAUUGAUGAAAACUUUUGCACCGCCCUGGAAUAUGGCCUUCCUCCAACAGCUGGCUGGGGCAUGGGAAUUGAUCGCUUUACCAUGUUCCUUACAGAUUCCAAUAACAUCAAGGAGGUGCUUCUCUUCCCUGCCAUGAAACCGGAGGACAACAAGAAGGAGCCGCAGCCCCAGCAGCCUGCCGAAGGCACCUCUGUGUAAAGUCCGCGGCGGCGCGGACCGUGAAUAAACGCAGCUUUCCGCC